AUGUGGAGUUCUGCAUUUCCCAUGAAACCUGCCCAGCUACCUGUAUUCCGAAGGAAGCCAUUUAUAGCUGCCUGGAAUGCACCAACAGAUCAUUGCUCCAUCAGAUAUAACAUAACUAUUAACCUGAAAAUUUUCCAUGUGACUGGAAGCCCAUUUGCCAAGGCAAGAGGACAGAAUGUCACAAUAUUUUAUGUCAACAGGCUGGGAUAUUAUCCAUGGUAUACGCAACAGGAAAUCCCAGUUAAUGGUGGCCUACCUCAAAAUUUUAGCUUGCAAACACAUCUGGAAAAAGCAGCCCAAGACAUUAACUACUACAUUCCUGAUAAAGAUUUCACAGGAUUGGUUGUCAUAGACUGGGAACAUUGGAGGCCGCAAUGGGACCGCAACUGGAGUACUAAAGAUAUUUACAGGAAACAGUCAAGAAAACUCAUUUCUGAAAUGCAAGAAAAUAUUUCAACAAAUGCCAUUGAACAUUUAGCCAAACUUUCCUUUGAACAAUGUGCUAAGGCUUUCAUGAAGGAGACAAUUGAGCUAGGGAUUAAAAGUAGACCCAAGGGACUGUGGGGCUACUACUUAUACCCUGACUGCCACAAUUAUAAUUUUCAUGACAAGAACUACACUGGCUCUUGCCCAGAAAGUGAAGUUCUGAGAAACAAUGAACUGUCAUGGCUGUGGAACAGCAGUGCCGCUCUAUAUCCAUCCAUUGGUAUUAAGAAAUCCCUUGGAAACAGUGAAAAUAUAUUACAUUUUUCACAAUUUAGAGUGAAUGAAUCCAUGAGGAUUUCCUUGAUGACAUCACAUGAUUAUGCUCUUCCAGUAUUUGUAUAUACCCGACUGGACUAUAGAGAUGAGCCUUUGCUAUUUCUUUCUACGCAAGACCUAAUAAGCACAAUUGGGGAAAGUGCUGCCUUGGGAGCUGCAGGAAUUGUUAUCUGGGGAGACAUGAAUUUAACUUCAUCAGAGGUCAACUGCACAAAGGUGAAACGAUUCAUUGCUUCUGAGUUAGGUUCCUAUAUCAUAAAUGUAACCAAAGCAGCAGAAGUGUGCAGCCGGCAUUUGUGCCAGAACAACGGGCGGUGCAUACGAAAGAACUGGAAAGCCUUGGACUACCUUCAUUUAAAUCCCCAUAACUUUCAAAUAGAAGUCUCAGAAGACCAGAGAUUUACUGUGAAAGGGGAAGCGUCACAGACUGACCUUCAAAUAAUGGCAGAGAAGUUCACCUGCCAUUGUUAUCAAGGGUUUGAAGGUGUGGAUUGUAGAGAAGUUACAGUGCUAGGACAUUCUGCCAACGUUGUCUCAUCUGCACUGAUAGUUAUCAUCAGCUUGGUUUCCUUGAUAUUUAUAAUCACUGAGAUAUCUGCUCUGAUAGUCAUAGAGUACUGA